UGGAGAUUUCGACCAAUAAGGCACUUUUUUGGCUUUUUACUUUCUGAGGCUCCUCUGGCUUUUUUCCCUUUUGUUUUCUGUGUCCUUUCCUAUUCCGGUAUGGAGAUCAACAAGGAUGAAGCCAUUCGAUGUUUGUCUAUUGCCAAAAAUCAUUAUGGCAAUGGCAACUAUACGGCCGCUUUGAAAUUCACCAAGAAAUCGCUGGGUCUUUAUCCGACCGACGACGCAAAGGCAUUUCUCGAAAAGGCCGAAAAAGCCGCCGCAUCCGCUUCGCAGGAAACGACAGGCACUUCCACGGGCAUCAACACCACUUCGAGUCAAACUAAACCAGAGAAAAGAGCAGAAGAAAAGACAAAGAAACAUACACCCGAACAAGCCGCCGCCGUCAAAGCCAUCUUGUCCUGCGGUACCGAUUACUACAAAGUGCUUUCUCUGGAUAAGAAAUGCACAGAAGUUCAAGUCAAAAAAGCCUACAGAAAGCUGGCGUUGCAGUUUCAUCCUGACAAGAAUUCGGCGCCCGGUGCUGAUGAAGCAUUCAAAUUGAUCUCCAAGGCGUUUACAGUAUUAUCGGAUCCACAGAAACGAGCUAUUCACGAUGCAGGUGGUGGAGAUCCCGAGCAACGGGCGAGCGGUGCAUCUUCGUUCAGUCGGUCGUAUCAACAAGCAGGAUUUGCGGGCGAGGAUAUUUCACCUGAGGAUUUGUUUAAUAUGUUUUUUGGAGGCGGACCUUUCGGUGCCAGUCCUGCAUUUGGCGGUCCACGUUUCAGGACCCAUACUUUCCACAUGGGCGGCGCCGGUCGUCGACAUCCAUUUUUUGCACAACAAAGGGCAGCGCCGGCCUCGCAAAUGUCGGGUUGGAUUCAACUGCUGCCACUUCUUGUCCUCUUUGCUUACGCACUGAUUUCGGCUUUAUUAUCACCGGAACAAGCUGCACCGUAUUCCUUCAAGCAUACUUCUGUCUAUUCGAAACAACGUACCACUCUCGCCCAUCACAUUCCUUAUUUUGUCAACCCUUCGAGCUUCCAAGCAACAGAACAACAUCGGUACAAGCUGGCUCGGUUAGAACAAGACAUAGAGAACGAGUGGGUGUCUGCAUAUCGACGUGCGUGUCAGUUGGAACAUCGCGAUCGUUCCACGGAAUUGUCAAAGGCCAGAGGUCUUUUUGGGAUUGGUCGAGACGAUAAUCGUUACCAGGAAGUCCUGAAUACGCCCAUGAGGAGCUGUGAAGAACUUAAAAAACACGGAUUUAGACCGGAUUACUUUUAUUAAGUUAAUCAAUGUGGAUGACUGUUCGCAUGACCUAAGAAACCUUGUAUACCGCCUACAUUGUCAAAAUCUGUUCCUAUAGUCGAUUCGUUUUUUCCUCCUUACUUUUUUUUUGUUUUUAUCAUCGUCCAUCAUAUUUUCCCAUUUCUAACCCACAUAAACAACAAACCAAAAAGAAAUUUGCUCAUGAUAUCAAAAUUUGCUUCGUGGGCAAUAAACUUCCCAUAACAAAAGGGUUCUAUGCUUAUUAAUGGGUUGCCUCGUUCCUUUGUUCAGUCGUAAAAAU